AUGGGCCCUCCCAACAAGCUCAGCAAGGACAGUAGCGAGGCUACACCCGCCACAACUCAGUCCGCAAAUGCCUCACCGCCGAUCCCAGCGCGCGAUCCCAACGAUCCCAUGACGUGGGCCGAACGAGGCCUCUUCCCCAUCGGCGCAGCUCCACCCCUCAACCCAGAGUCUGACGCACUCGUACCACGUGUAGAAACGACGAGGGAGUCCGUAGAUGAACGAUGUUGGAUAAGGACCAAGCAGACCAAUGCCAGGAGGUGGGUUUCUCGUCGCUGUCCUCCCCGACGACAACGAGAGAGCUGAGCUGAGUUGACACAAAAAGUUGUACUAUUCGGCAGAGCACUGGGGAGAGAACCCAGAGUGACCAUGUAUUGCUACCUCAAUUUCAAGAAGCAAAUUGUCGGUCUCAUACCCGUGCCAGGUCAACGCGGUAAGCAAUGCUUUUUCCCUUCGUCAUCGAGUUCUAUCAGAACUGACUGGGUCACUCUUCCCUGGUAUAUGUGCAUCUACACCUCAUCAAACGAUUUCAACAUACGCAGGGGCAUACAUGGCCAAGGACGCGCCCGUGAGCAAAAACUCGGGCCCCACUCACUACGUCCCGACCGGUCCACCGACGACCUUGGCCCCUCCACCUACGGUCCCCUUUUACCAUUGGCCAAGGCUGGAAGAUCGCUAUAUCUACAUCGCUCGUGGUCGUACCUAUGUUAAUCGCCACCUCCAAGAGUCUGGUGGACCCGCCGAGUCACGCAUCUCGAUCGAGGAUCUGGCCGAGCGUUGCGAACAGGGGCAAAUGGCGCGAGCGGCCGAGCGCAAGCAAAGGGCCGUCCAACGCGCAUUGGGGAUGGUGGACCCCAUCGAAUUUGACGAGUACGAGAAGCUCAUCUCGUUGAGUGAGGUGUGGUCACAUUCUUUGCAGAGGUUACACCUCCAUGUGCAUCGCAUCUAUUCGCCUGGGUGGAGGAAUCUGGCGAGGGUGCCGGAGGUGUGGACAGAUGGGACGGCGAGCAAGAUGUUGGAGAGGUGUAAGGAGACGUUGAGUGAUGGGAGUGCGUUCAACCUUGUGGGGAGGAUGUACGAGUCGACGAUUAGGGUCUUGGGUGAGCUGGAGGAGAGGAGGAGGAAGAAGAAGGAGGGUGGGUCCGAUCCGGGCAUCGGAGGUGGAUCGGGUGGGAUCAUACCCCCUCCACUACCUCCCUCUGUUGGUGGUCCUCCGCCCAUGUGA